AUGGCUGAAACCAUAGUGGCUGAAAUUGUUUCACAUAUAGUGGAGAGAUUCGGUUCACGAGCAUACCGUGAUAUAAUGCUUGCAAAGGACCUGGAUUCCUACAUGAAAAGGCUUCAUGAACUUAAGACACUCAUUGAAGCUAUACUUCUUGAUGCAGAUUCCUUGGAGGAAUCCUGCAGCAAUGUUCGAAACGAUGAGCCGAUAAGCUCAGCUGCGCGCUUGUCAAAGAAGCUCAUAAACUUAAGGCUAUGCUGCAUAAGUUUGAGUAUAUUGCAAAGAAUCAUGCCGGAUUUGGAAAUAUUGUUAGUAUGUGUUGAAAAGGGUUGGUCUAAUGUCCGUACCGAUAUGGUUAUUGGUAGAGAAGGUGAAAGAGAUAACAUUAUAAGCAUGCUUUGUGAUGAUACAGUCAAUUCAGAGUCUGUUAUUUCGAUUGUUGGGAUUGGGGGAGUCGGGAAAACUGCAUUGGCGCAGUAUGUGUAUCAUGAUGAAAGGGUUAAAUGUUGUUUCGAUAUCCAUUUUUGGGUUUCCUCAACUCGAGAAUUCAAUAUAAAAGAUGUGCUUGAGAAGAUAUUAGGAGUGGAAUCUGGUAUGGAUGAAAAUGAUCCUCCCAAGUGUGAGGAGAUGGAACCACUUUAUAACCAUUUUGUUCGAGCUAUAUAUGGUAAGAAGUUUCUGCUUGUUCUAGAUAACGUCUGGGAUCAAGAUGGUUUGAGGCUCAAGUGGGUGCAACUUAGAAGAUUGUUGGGUUUUGGAGCUUAUGGAAGUAAGAUUCCCUUAUGUGCUUGGGGAUUUAACAGAGCGCGACUGUUGGAUUUUGUUUCAAAAGAUUGCUUUUACGCAAUGGCAAGAGGCAGAUGUAGAGGAAGCCUUUUAGCAGGGAAACGUACACUUCAAGAAUGGCAAGCCUUUAGAGACGAUCAACUAGCAAAUUUCUCCACCUAUGGUCGUGAUAUACUGCAGUCACUCAAACUUAGUUACGAUCACGUAGAUGCAAGGCUCAAGCUUUGUGUUGCGUAA